GCGGAAGAGUGCUGCUGGCGCUGUAUGGAGCGCAGCCUUUGGUCUCCCAGCGCCGGAGAAGGGGGCCUGAGGGCGCGGGCCCAGCGCCGGAGAAGGGGGCCUGAGGGCGCGGACCCAGCGCGGCGAAGGAGCGGCUGAACGAACGCUUGGGGCGUGGCCUGAUCCGACUGGGCGGUUCUAUAAACCCGAAGGGCGGGGGACGCUUGGCGGUUGGGAGCGGGACAACGCAUCAUUGCGGAAGCCAAUCAGGGAACGGAGAAGAGUUUGAAUCCGAGGCGCUGCCUGAGAAACGGACGGCGCAGGUGCGCUGCUCGGAGCCCCAGAAGCAGGAGAAGCGGAGGCCGGCCGGUGGGCUGGGCUGGCGGUCGCGGCCAUGAGGAAGAGCGAGAUCCUGGCCAACGAGUCGGUGGCCUGCCUGAACCAGGCGUUGUUCCAGCUGCGCGACAUCUGGGAGGAGAUCGGCAUCCCCGAGGACCAGCGCCUGCAGCGGACCGAGGUGGUGAAGCAGCACGUCAAGGGCCUGCUGGGCAUGAUGAUUGCAGAGGAAGAGAACCUCAAAGAGCGUCUCCUGAAGAGCAUUUCUACUUGUCGCAAGGAGCUGGCGACCCUCUGCAGAGAGCUGCAACUGGUUCCUUUUGAGGAGGACGAAGGGGCCACUAUUCUGCAGCUGGAGAAGGACCUGCGCACCCGCGUGGAGGUCAUGCUGAAGCAGAAGCGGGAGCGGGAGCAGGAGCUGAAGGCGCUGCAGGAGCGGGAGCAGGAGAUGUGCGACCUGCUCUGCAUCACUCCCUGCUGUGUCAACAGCGAAGCGGUGCCCAGCCUAGCAGAGCUGGACCACUUCCGUCGCCACUUGGCAGGGCUGGUGGCUGAAAAGGAGCGCCGGCAGAGGGAGUUCCUUGACACCAAGCGGCAGAUUGUCCUCUGCAUGGAGGACCUGGAGCACAUCCCCGACACGAGCUUUGAGCGAGACGUGGUGUGCGAGGACGAGGAUGCCUUCUGCCUCUCCAAGGAGAAUAUUGAUGCUCUGAAGGAUCUGUUGCAGCAGCUGGAGGGCCGGAGAACUCAGAAGGAAGCUCUGUGUGAAGAGCUGCGUUCCAGGAUCCUGGUGCUCUGGGAACGGCUGCAGGUGCCUGCGGAGGAAAGGGAAGCCUUUGCCCCGUACAUGGAGGGGUCCAGAGCCAAGACCAUGAAUGCUCUGCAACUGGAAGUGGAUCGCCUGGAGGAGCUGAAGGUCCAGAACCUCAGGAGCGUUGUGGAGGCCAUCCGAGCCGAAAUGGCUGACUACUGGGACAAGUGUUUCUAUGGGACCGAGCAGAGGCAUUCCUUUUGCCCCUACUAUGAAGACAACUAUACCGAAGAACUCUUGCAGCAGCACGAUGAGGAAGUUGCACGGAUAAAGCACUACUAUGAGAGACAUCAAGAGCUGUUUGAAGCUAUCCAUAAAUGGGAAAACAACUGGCACCUCUUCCAGGAGCUGGAGAGAAAGGCAACGGAUCCCAGUCGCUUCACCAACCGAGGGGGCAACCUCCUGAAAGAGGAGAAGCUGCGAGCAAAACUGCAGAAGACUCUCCCCAAGCUGGAGGAGGAGCUGAAGGGCCGGGUGGAGCUCUGGGAGGAGGAGCAGGCCCAGGCCUUCCUGGUGAACGGGCAGCGCUUCCUGGCGUACGUGGCUGAGCAGUGGCAGCUGCACCAUCUGGAGAAGGAGAAGGAAAGGCAGGAGCGCCAACUCAAGAAGUCCCGUCAGAUUGAGGAGGAGAUGAUGUACGGUAGCACCCCCAGGACCCCCAACAAAAGGCAGGGCUUGGGCCUCACCACACCUGCCAAAGUGCGGAAGCUCAACACCACAGCUGCCACCCUCAACAGCACCAUCCGCUCCGCAUUUGUGGGCUCAGCGUUCCACUCACCGGUGUCCCAUCUGCCACUUUCUGGAGCAAAGGGCUCCCGCAGCACUGUUGCCAAAAGCCCUAACCAGCAGUGCUUACGCUCCCCUCUGCCUCUGCAGCCUGUCCGGACUCCCAGCCAGACGGUCUCCAAGCCUUCUCGCCCAGGCCCUCUGGAGCGCAACAAGGAAAACGUGCCUCAGCUCAACAGAGCAGCUCUGAGCGGUGGGUGCAUCUCCACAGCCCCUGCCCAGCGCGCCUGCAGCAUUAACUCUGUUGCCAGCACCUAUUCCGAGUUUGUGCAAGAACUUUCAAAGGCUUCCAGAUCUGAGUCCAAAUCCCACAUCCUCAAUUCCACAGCUUCCAAUAUUGAGAGCUGAAAGGGAACGUGCUGUGCACUUCAAGGACGGGAGGCAGCAAAGAGGCGCUGGCCCCACCUGACCUUCCUAGGGCUGGGCCAACCUCGGCGGCUUCCAUCCCAGCCCUGUCUGGUACUGUUGCCCUGUGGCAGUGGACAGAGGGCCACUUUUAACUAUUGGUUACUUGUUUUUACUGCAAUGAUUUUUAUAGUGUUUUUAUUUUAAAAAGAAUAAAAUGUAACAAUGCAAAGGGUUUCCAGAACCGGGCGUACUCUCGGGCACAACUGGCUGUCUAGUUUAGGGUUCCAGCAGCAGCAGGGAGCUUGGCUCCUUUUUCUGCUCCCCUGGGUGCCUCCGGGGCCCCUUUUUCUGCUCCCCUGGGUGCCUCCGGGGCCCCUUUUUCUGCUCCCCUGGGUGCCUCCGGGGCCCCUUUUUCUGCUCCCCUGGGUGCCUCCGGGGCCCCUUUUUCUGCUCCCCUGGGUGCCUCCGGGGCCCCUUUUUCUGCUCCCCUGGGUGCCUCCGGGGCCCCUUUUUCUGCUCCCCUGGGUGCCUCCGGGGCCCCUUUUUCUCCCUGUGCUAGGCAGGGAGUAGGGUGGGCCAGAUGGCUAGUGCUCACUGAAGCACAAGGGGUUCUAUCCAUCCGCAUAAGGAGGAGUGGAAGGAGCAAUGUCACUGCUGCCCUCUGGUGCUCAUGCAGUUGCUUGUAGUGGUAGUGCGGGAGUCGUUCUGGCUGUAACAGAAGAGGGGGGCAGCAGAGAGGCCAAGCAGGCACCUCUCGCCUGGUUUCCUUUGGGUUAACAGGCUUGCUCAGGUGUCUUGCUCUGGAGGGCAGGCGUACAACUUGGCCCUUGAUCUGGCUUUGGUAAUCCUUACAACAAAUGGUACAGCACUGGCCUCAUCUUGCUCCUGCCUCUGAACUGUGGCAGUUGACCUCUUUCUCCGAGGGACAGGAGGGGGCUUCUGCCAUCCCUACCCCCAUUAUCAUGGCUAGAUUUGCACCUUCUUUUCACUACAGUCGCCUUGUUAUUUAUUUUUAUGGCACUGUGUUCACAUCUUGUUUAUCUGCUGUCCUACAUAAUGAAUAAUCAAUUGUAUCGUUCUGGGCUUUUCGCUGAUGAUAACAGUCUAACCCUCCACCCCCAAGUCUCUCCUUGCUGGAGAGACUCCCCCUUUCGUCAGGAGCGCCCCCUACUGUCCUGCUGACUCAUGUCUGGCCUUCCAUCAAAAGAAUGAUUGUAUCCUGACUGCAGGCCAAUAAGGGCGGUGAUGGCAGCCGCAGUAGCUUUAUUAACAAAAUGACUGUUCCAACACCUGUUUUGUUUUUCAUGGCAAUUUAGCUCUACAUAAAAUAUACCUUAUAAAAUACGA